AUGCCUCGCCGCGACGUUCCUGCUGCUGCUGCAGCAGCAGCAGCUGCUGCUGCAGACAGCAGCAACAACAGCUGCAGCAGCAGCAACAGCAGCAAAAGCAACGGAAAAACCGGUGGAUUAAAACAGCACAAGAUAGAAGCCACAAAAGAAAAAAAUAAAAAGCCUGCUGCACCUGCUGCUCAGCAAGACAGGAAGGAGCAGCAGCAGCAGCAGCAGCAACACCCGCAGCAGCAGCAACAGCAACACCCGCAGCAGCAACAGCAACCACAGCAACAGCAGAAAACACGGAACCAGCAGCCACAGCAGCAACAGCAGCAGCAGCAGCAACAACACCCGCAGCAGCAGCAGCAGCAGCAGCAACACGCGCAGCAGCAGCAGCAGCUGCAACAGGCGCAGGAGACACAGCAACAGCAGCAGCUAGCAGCACAGCAGCAGCAACCGAAACAACAGCCACAAGCACAGCAGCAGCAGCACACGAACGAGCAGCAGCACCAAAACCAGCAGCAACCGCAACAACAGCCAGACCAGCAGCAGCAGCAGCAGCAGCAACAGCAGCAACUGCAACAGCAGCAGCAGCAGCAGCAGCAGAGGGGCGCAACAAAAAAGGCAGGAAGACGGGGAGGUUCAGGCAGAGGUAAACAAAAACGAAGCCCCUCAGAUAUGCAGCAAGAAGCAAAAGAACAGCUUCAUCCUGCUGCUGCUGCUGCUGCUGUUGCACAACAGCAGCAGCAGCUGCUGCAGCAGCAGCAACUUGAGCGCCAACAACUGCAGCAGCAGCAGUUGCUGCAGCAGCUGCAGCACCAACUGCAACAGAGGCACCUGAUGCAGCACCAUGAUCGCAGCCAACUGAUGGGGUUGCCUUUAGCAGCAGCUGGGCAGCAGCAGCAGAAGCAGCAGCAGCAGCAGCAGCAGCAACUGCUCCUGCUGCAGCAGCUGACUUCAAGCGUGAAUAACGCUGCUGCCGCAGGAACAAAGAGCGAAGCAAUCAUGAAUGAACAGCAGCAGCUGCUGCGGCAGCGCCUCAUUGAGUUGCAGCAGCAGCAACAUUUGCUGCAGCAGCAGCACCAACAGCAGCAGCAGCAACACCUCCGGCAACAGCAGCUAUACCGCCAGCACCUACAGCAGCAAGAGCAAGAGCGUGGAGUGCAGCAGCAGCAUGUGCACCAACAACAGCAGCAGCAGCACCUCCACCCCGAGCUGCAGCAGCAACACAUGCAGCAGCAGCUGCAUCCGCAACAGCAGCAGCAGCAUCAAGUGCUUCAGCAGCAUAUCCAGGAGCCUCCUCUUCAGCAGCAGCAGCAUCUGCAGCAAACGCAGCAGCCGGAGCAGCACGAAUUUCGGCAGCAGAACCCCCUUGCAUUUCCACAGCAACAGCAGCAGCAGCAGCAGCACGUGAAGCAGCAGCAGCAGCAAAUGCACCAGCACCUGCUGCAACAGCUCCAGCACUUACAGCAGCAUCCACAGCAUAUUCAGCAGAUUGUGGAACCGAUACUGCUGCAGCAGCAGCAGCAACAGCAGCAGCAACAGCAGCAGCAACAGCAGCAGCCCCCAGCAGCGAGUCUUUGUAACGAGGAUCGGCUGGUGUUACAGCUGGCUCUGGAGCUGCUGCAGCGUUCAGGUCAGCAACAGCAGCAGCAGCAGCAGCAGCACCAGCAGCAGCAACGACAGCAGCAGCAGCAGCAAGUAGCUGCUGCUGCUGCGUUAGCGCAGAAAGCUGCAGCAGCAGAGGCUGCUGCAGCUGCAGCAAGCAGAGACGCUGAAGCACCUGUGGGGUUUGCUGCUGGCCUUAGCAGCGUUGCUGCGGUCCCCCCUUGGGGGCAGACAGCAAUGCCUACAGCAGCAGCAGCAGCAGCAGCAGCAGCAAACCAGGGAGGGCUACACCUCGGUGCUGUUGCCGCUCCGCUGCAGAGACAAGAUAGGCCUGUCUUGCUGCAGCAGGCUUUACUACAGCAGCAGCAGCAGCAGGUGCAACAGCAGCAGGAGCUAGACGCUUCUUUUGCUGGAGCACAUGCUUCUCAGGUGUCUGUCUCCUUAUCUUCUGCUGCUUCGCCUCUGCCCCAGCAGCAUCCCCAGCAGCAGCAACAGCAGCAGCAGCAGCAGCAGCAACAGCAGCAGGUUGAGUUUGGGGGAAUGAAGGCUCGACGCCUAGAGAAGGUCAAUGUAGAAUAUCUAGGAGGCAGCAGCAGCAGCAGCAACAGCGCAAGAAGGUGGGGCUUGCUGCAUGUGCAUGUACACCCCGGCACAUUCGUAGAGCUGCACGGAAAGAGAGAAAAAGUUAUUGUAAAACAUCUUCAGCUGCAGCCUGCUGCUGCAUGCAGCCCCUUGUGGAAGCAGCAGCAGCAGCUGCUGCAGCAGCUGCUGCUGUGGCAGCGCAGCAAAUGCUGCGGGCUCAUAGCUAUUAAGGCCUUCGAAGUGCAGCGCGAAGGAGCUGCUGUCUGCUGGAGCAGCAGCAGCAGCAGCAGCAGCAGCAGCAGCAGCAGCAGCAGCGUGCUGAUGAAGACAGAUGACUCAUCUGCUGCUGCAGCUAGGAGAGACCUUUAUGUUGUUCUGGAGGCAGCAGCAGGGCCCCUACAUAAACAAAUUAAUCUGCAGCAACUCAAGCAGCAGAAUGAUGCUGAAAGUUUGCUUCCCCCCCAAGGAGUAAAGAGUUUGAUAUCACAUCUGCUGCUGUCUUUGCUGCUGCUGCAUUCAUUCAACGGGGGUUUAGGGUCUCACCUGUCAAUACACCCUAACAGUUUGCUGCUGCUGCAGCCUUCAUUUAAAGUAUUAAUCGGAGACAACCUCAGCAGCAUGCGGCUGCUGUCUCUUCUUGCUGAGAUUAAAACUGGAAGUGUUGCUCUACUAGUAAAGGCGCAGCUAUCUCUUAAACUCGUCAGAUCUGCUGCUGCUGCCGCUGCUGCUGCUGCUGCUGCUGCUGCUGUGGAUGCUGCUGCUGCUGUGGUUGCUGCUGCUGCUGCUGCUGUGGAUGCUGCUGCUGUGGAUGCUGCUGUUGCUGCUGUCGUUGCUGCUGUUGCUGUGGAUGCUGUUGCUGUGGAUGCUGCUGCUGCUGCUGCUGCUUCACGUGUUGCUCGUAUCAUGUUGUUGCCGCAGUUCCUAGACGACACCGAACGCUUACUGUGGACAUGCCCCAAGUUAAUAAAAAGAUUGAAGCUGCUGCAGCAGCAAUUAAACUCUCUAAUGGAGUAUCAUGCAGACAAUCAGCAUUUGCUGCACCUGCAGCAGCAGCAGCAGCUGCUGCUGCAGCAGGGAGAUGCAUGCAUGCUCCCUAGCGACAAGCCCUCAACAGCAAGAACCGCAGAUACUGCUGCGGCUGCUGCUGCUGCUGCUGGAGACGCUGCUGCUGCUCCCGCUGCACAAGCCACACCCAAUGCAGAAGCAACAGCAGCAUCUGCAGCAGCAGCAACGCCAGCAGCAACAGCAGCAACAGAAGAAGAAGCAGCAGCAGUGCAUGCAGCAAUUGAAAAACGUUUUGCUGCUCUCUAUAAACUUGCUGAUCUCCCGGUGGAGCUGCAGCAAGAAGCAGACUGCUGGUCUAUGGGCGCAUGCAUCUUUAGUAUUGUGACUGGCGGCUAUCAUCCCUUCGGGUGUUUAAACAACCCGAAGGAGACCCUCAACAACAUGGAGACAGCACAGAUGGUCAACAUCAAACUCCUGGACAAGUCUCCGUUGCUGCAGGAUUUGCUGCUGUUGCUGCUACAGCAGCAGCAGCCGCAGCAGCCCGUGCUGCGUUUAGCUGUCUGCCAUCCACUGUUCUGGGAAGCAGCAGAUAUGCUGCUGUUUCUAAAAACGUUUAGACUCAUGCUGCAGCAACUGCAGCAGCAGCAGCAGCAGUGCGUCGAGGUGGGGCAAGCGGGCACCUCUGGCAGCAACAGCAGCAGCAGCAGCAGCAGCAGCAGCAGCAGCAGCGAGAAGCCGCUUGGUCUCACUCCGUCCCCCACUACAGCAGGAGCAGCUGCAGCAACGUCUUCCUUCUCAAGCCAAUCAGCAGCAGCACCAGCAGCACCUGCAGCAGCAGCAGGGUGCAGCAGCCACCUGCAGCAGCUGCAGCAGGCACUCGAUAAGCUAAGAAAAAUGAAUACGCCUGCUGAAGUGCUGCACUCAGUUUGCUGCCAACCCAAACUCCGACAAACCGGCAGACAGCUGUUUCCGCAGCACAACCAGCUAUUUGUUGAGCCCGUAGCAGCAGCAGCAGCAGAAUCAGAAGCAACAGGUCUAACAGAGAAGAAAGCAGCAGCGGCAGCACAAGAUCCAGCAGCAGCAGCAGCAGCGGAAGCAGAAACAGAAGCAGCAGAGGCAACACACAAGCUCGCAGAUGCCGCCAGUGAUGAUGUUGCUGCAGCAUGCAGCAGCAGCAGCAGCAACAGCACCGAAGGCACAGUGGAGGACGCUGAGGGCAGGUCUCCAGCAGCUGCAGCAGCAGAAGCAGCAGAUUCAGCAGCACCAGGUGAAGCAGCUGCAGCAGAUGUUGCUGCUGCGGAGGACAAUGCUUCUGCUGCUGCUGCCGAGGCUGGCGCAGCAGCAGGAAACCCAGCAGCACCGAAGCAGCAAGGCCCUGCUGCUGCUGAGGAAGGAGUAGCAGCGCAGCAGGCGGCAUCUACAGCAGCAGCAGCAGCAGCAGCAACAGCAAAUGCAUCGUUUUCUGUCUUUAACUUCCUGGAGCUGCUCGCCGCCUUCGCAAACGACAAUGGAUAUACAGAAGAGGAGCGCAGCAGCGUGCUGGUGGAGCUGCUGCAGCAGCACCCGCAGCUGCUGCUGGCAGCAGCAAGAUCAGGCUUAGAGCCGCUUUUUCUCGUAGCAUUUCCUCCUCUGAGUGAUUCUGCUGCAGCAGCAGAGAAACAAGAAGCAGCAGCAGCUGCUGCUGCUGCUGCUGCUGCCGCUGCUGCAACUCGAGGUGCUGCAGCAGCGCACGAUGAAAACGACGCAGAGCUGCUGCAGCUGCCGCAGCAGCAGCAGCAACAGCAGCUUGUGUUGCAGGAGGGAGUUGCUGCAGCACCGCCUAUGUUGAAGCAGCAGCUGCUGCAGAUGCAGCAGCAAAUAGACAACAGAGUUCACAAAGAGCUGCGGCAGCAAGUGGUGCAGCACGUGCUGGAGAAGGCCUCGGAGCAGCAGCAGCAGCAGCAGCAGCAGCAGCAGCAGCAGGAGACCUCUCCCAAGCAGCAGCUCAUAGACAGCGUGAGGGCCUGCGCUCCUACUGCGCUGCAGCAGCAGCACGACCAAAAGGCAGCUGCCUUGAAGCAGCAGCAGCAGCAGCAACAACAACAGCAACAACAAGAUAUGCUGUUGCUGCUGCAGCAGCAACAAAUCGAACAUGAGCAGCACUGGCACCAGCAACCGGUGCUAAACCCGCAGCAGCAACAUCACCUGCUGCUACAAGAGCAGCAGCAGGAGCAGCUGCAACAGCAGCAGCUGCAGCAGCAGCAGCUGCAGCAGCAGCAGCUGCAGCAGCAGCAGCUGCAGCAGCAGCAGCUGCAGCAGCAACAGCUGCAACAGCAACUGCUGCAGCAGCAGCAGCUUCAACAACAACAACUGCAGCAGCAAGAGCUCCGUAAGCAGCAGCUGCAGCAACAACUGCAGCAAACACUGCAACAGCAGCACAAACAACUUCAGCAGCUGCAGCAGCAGCAGCCGACAGAGCGCUGCGUGUCGCUGCAACAGCAGCAGCAGCAGCAGCCGACAGAGCGCUGCGUGUCGCUGCAACAGCAGCAGCAGCAGCAGCAACACUGGAAGCAUCUCUUAGGAAGCCUUCAGCAGGCUGGGGGCCCUGCAGCAGCAGACAACAUCCUGUUGCUGCAGCAACUGCAGCAACUCAUGAAGCUCUUGCAGCCUCAGGCGGCAACAGCAGAGGAGGCAGCAGCAGCAGCAGCAGCACAACUACAAAAUGCUGCUGCUGAUAUCAAAUUGAAUGGAGCCCCAGCCCUUCAGCAGCUACAUCUGCAGCAGCAGCAGCAGCAGCAACAGCAGAUGACUCACCCUGUAAUUGAUGCAGCCGCAGUGGAUCUGCCGCAGCAACUGCAGCAACAGCAACCAGCCCUGCAGCAAGGGCAGCAGCAGCUGCAGCAGCAGCAAAACCAACUACAGCAACUACAGCAACUACAGCAACUGCAGCAACUACAGCAACUGCAGCAACUGCAGCAGGAGCAGCAGCAGCAGCAGCAGAAGGUAGGGCCCGUAUAUAACCUUGUGGAGCUGCUUUCCCUGCGACCCAGCAGCAUGCAGCAGUUUAUUGCUGCUGGCGGUGCUUCGAUGCUGCCUCACGGUACCCUUAUGCUCGUCAGCAGCACCACCAGCAGCAUCAGCAGCAGCAGCAACGGCAGCAGCAGCAGCAGCCCGGAGAAGGAUUAUCUUGCCAAGGGGCCCAAACGCCCUCAGCAGCAGCAGCAGCUGCUGCAGCAGCUGGAGCCCCGGUUGCAGCAGCAGAAGCCAAGGCACCAGCAGCUAAAUGACCUUCUGCUGCAGCCUCUACAGUAUUUGAGGCAGCAGCAACUGCUGCGGCAGCAGCAGCAGCAGCAGCAGCUGGGGCAUAGGCAGCAGCACAGCCACGAAGAAAACCACGGGAACGCGCUUUCGCAGCAGCCGCUGCUGCAGCAGCAACAUGUGCAGCAGCAGCUGCAUCAGCAGCAGCUGCUGCAGCAGCAGCUAAAUGGCAGCAGCAAAUCCAUUUACUGCAAGCGGAUCGAAGCAGCAGCGCCUCUGCUUGACUCUCAGCUGUAUGCGCAGGACGCCAAGAGGCUGCUGGAGGCUGCUGCUGCUGCUGCUGCUGCUGCAGCUCCCGCGAGCAGCACCAGCAACAGCAGCACAGGUUCACAAGGGCAGUCUCUGUGGGCAGUCGAGCAGCAACUGGCUGCUCUCCUGCAGCGUUUGCUGCUUCAGUCUACGCAGCAGCAACAGCAAGAACAGCAGCACCAGCAGCAGCAGCACCAGCAGCAGCAUCACAUGCUAGGCAAGCACGACACAAGGAGGCCCCUGCAGCAGCAAGUCGCCCCAGCCCCAAGUGCAGCAGCAGCAGCAGCAGCAGCAGAUUCUCCAGCAGCAACUGCACACAGCAAACUCCACGAGGGCCCUUCCAUGCAUCUAAGUGGAGCAGCAUGCACUCCUGCAGCUGACUCAACUGCAGCAGCAGCAGCAGCUGCUGCUGCGGCUGCUGCUGCAGCUGCUGCAAAGGCAGCUGGAGCCGAUCGACACUUGCAGCUACUGCAGCAGCUGCAGCAGUUUCAGCAGCAGCAGCAGCAGCAGCACCUUCUCCUCGAGCCUAAUGAUGUGCACCAGAAAGGCGCGCCUAAGCAGCAGCUGCUGCAGCAACAGCAGCAGCAGGAGCACCAGCAGCAGCAGCAGAGCAAGCCAAAGGCAGACGGCAGUCUGGAGCAGCACCUGCUGCAGCUGCUGUUAAAUGUAGCAGCAGCAAAAAAUAUGAAUCAUAAAGAGCUGCUGCAGCAAUUCAACAAGCCGCAGCACCAACGGCCGCAGCAGCAAACGGUGGUCCUGCAGCAGCAACCACUGCAGCAGCACGUAAACCAGCAACAGCAGCAGCAGCAGCAGCAACAGCAGCAGCAAGAUCUGGGAUGGUCUCCAGAGGAACGAGAGGUUGUCUUGAAGGCACAGCAGCAUCUGCUGCUGCUGCUGCUGCAAGACCCUUUGCUGCUGCAGGCAGCAAAAGCGAAGGGGGCGCUGCAAGGAAGUUGGCUGUGGCGGCAGCAGCAGCUUGCUGCUGCUGGUGCUGCAGUGCAGCAGCUACAGCAGCAAAUCGCAGCAGCAAGUAAGGCAAACCUUACCCGCACAACGGAGAGCCUUCGGCUAGCGCAUCUGCAGCAACAGCUGCAGCAGCAACUCCAGCUGCUGCAGCAGCUGCAGCAAGAUGCAGCGGCAACCCCCAUACCACCACACACAUUCACAGAUUACGAAAAGGCUCAGCAGCGGCAGCUGCUAGCCCUGCUGCGCCAGCAGCAGCAACAGCAGCAGCAGCAGCAACAGCAGCAGCAGCAGCAGCUACCUCCAGUUAAGCCUUGUACGUCUGUCUUUGCUGGUGAAUUUGCUGCUGAAGCAGAGCUGUCUCUGCGGCGAGUCAUGAAAGAAGCAGCAGCAGCAAUGGGGGGAUCAGCACCAGCAGCAGCAGGGGCACCAGCAACAGCAGCAACAACAGCAGCAGCAGCAGCAGACCCUGCUUGGCCCCUCAGGUGGCAUGCGCAAGCAAGCGAUGCUGCGUUUGCUGCAUGGCUUAAUGAGAUGCUGCAGCAGCAGCAGCAGCAGCAGCAGCGGCACCUGCAGCAGCAACACCUGCAGCAGCAGCAUCAGCAGCAACACCUACAGCAACAGCAGGAGCAGCAGCAUCAGCAAUACCAACAGCAGCAGCAGCAGCAGCGGCAGCAGCAGCAGCAGCAACUGCAGCAGCACGAGCAGCAGCAGCAGCUGCUGCUACAGAGCGCAGCAGCAGCUGCACCCGUCUGCGUCUCCAUGGUUGCAGCUCUACAGACGCACGAGGGACUUUCAGCAGCUGCUGCAGCAGCAGCAGAAGCAGCAGCAGCAGCUGCUGCUGCUGCCCCAAAUGGGGGGCUGCUGCUUCAGCGCAGCCAUGCAGAUGAGCUGCAGCAGCAGCAGCUGUUGCAGCAGCAGCAGCCGCAGCUCAGGAGCGCCUCUAAUGCAGUCAACCUACGGCAUUUAGCCAUCAACACAAACAAACAGCAGCAAGACAAACAGCAGCAGCAGCAGCAGCAGCAGCUACAACUGAAGCAUCUUCGCCUCCUGGAGCAAAGCAUGCAACAGCAAAAUCAACAGCAGCAACAGCUGCAGCACCAGCAGCAGCAGCAGAAGCAGCCAAAGCAGCAGCAGCAGCAACACGGCACAAAAGAACUGAUUUCACAAUCUAGGGACAGCAAUCAGCAGCAGCAGCAGCAGCCGCCGCAGCAACAGCCGCAGCAGCAGCCGCAGCAGCAGGAAAUUCAGCCAUCUCCCCACUACGUGCAAACACUUCAGCAGCCCGACCAGCAGCAGCAGCAGCAACACCAACUGCAGCAGCAGCAGCAGGAACAACAACUGCUGCAGCAGCAGCAGCAGUAUGAGCAGCAGCAGCAGCAACAACUACAGCAUCAACUGCAGCAAGACCAGAAAAGUCAGCAGCAACAGCAACAGCAGCACCAACCACCACAGCAACAGCAGCAACAGCAGCAACAGCAGCAACAGCAGCAACAGCAGCCGCAGCAGCAGCAAAAGCCCCAUGUGAAGAAGAACGGCCGUCGGUCUCCGCAAGCCAAGGACGCUGCAUCUCGCCGCAGCAGCAAGCAGCAACAGCAGCAGCAGCAGCAACAACAACAGCAGCGCCAGCAGCAGCAGCAGCCGAAGCUGCAGCAGCAGCAGCACCAGCCACCGGAAGCAGCUUUGAAGGCUGCCUCCACCUCAGCAGCAGAGCAGCAGCAGCAGCCCCCCGAACUACCCAUCGAGAAGACAGCAGCCGCAGGUUUGCUGCCAGCAGCAGCUGCUGCAGCAACAGUAGCAGCAGCAGCAGCAACACAAGCAGCAGCAACAGCCGGAGCAGCAGCACCCGUCACAGGAAGCGCUCCAGCGUCUACAUCCCAACGACCGCAGCAGCAGCAGCGAAAACAACAGCAACAGCAACAGCAGCAGCAGCAGCAGCAGCAGCAGCAGCAGCAGCAGCAGCAGCAGCAGCAGCAGCAGAAAAGAGGAGAAUGGUCUCUUUCUCCGCGACCUCAGAGCAAAGGGAAGGCAAAGCAGAAACUGCGGCUGUACAUACAGAAGACGCCAAAACAAAAAACAGCAAACACACGCCAGCAGCAGCAGCAGCAGCAGCAGCAGCAACCGCAGCAGCAGCAGCAGCAACCGCAGCAGCAGCAGCCGCAGCAGCAGCAGCAGCAGCAGCAACCGCGGCAGCAACAGCAGCAGCCGCGGCAGCAACAGCAGCAACAGCAGCAGCAACAGCAGCAGCAGCAAAAGAAGGAGACGCUGGAUGGGCCCUCUACUUCAUCAGUCAGCAUUGACAGAGCAGCAGCAGGAGCUGCUGCCGUAAGUAAAUAA